AUGUCACGUGCCACAACUUGUUCUCACAAUUCGGAGGCAAUCUUCACCACCUUUCACACAAUGACCGCAGAAGUAACCAACCGCUAUGUGCACCAGGGCGGCAUCAAGCCGUUCUUCGAGCAGCAGAUCCAAGAUGCAGAGAUAAAGAUCCAAACUACAACCCAAAAUUUGCGUCGUCUUGAAGCUCAACGUAACAAACUCAACAACAAAGUCAGACAAUUGAGAGACGAAUUACGACUUUUACAAGAGCCAGGGUCGUAUGUGGGCGAAGUAGUCAAGGUGAUGGGGCUCAAAAAGGUUUUGGUCAAGAUUCACCCGGAAGGAAAAUACAUUGUCAACAUUUCCAAGGAUAUCGAUAUCAAAAAGUUGACACCAUCAUUGCGAGUUUGCUUGAAGGCAGACUCCUACGACCUCCACAAGAUCCUUCCUAACAAGGUAGACCCAUUGGUGUCGUUGAUGAUGGUGGAAAAGGUUCCAGACUCGACAUACGACAUGGUGGGAGGACUCGACAAACAGAUCAAGGAAAUCAGAGAGGUGAUCGAACUUCCGGUAAAACACCCGGAACUCUUUGAAAGUCUUGGUAUUGCCCAGCCCAAGGGUGUUAUCUUGUAUGGUCCGCCAGGUACGGGAAAAACUCUUUUGGCUCGGUCGGUGGCAUACCAUACCGAGUGUAAGUUCAUCAGGGUGCUGGGGUCCGAAUUGGUGCAAAAGUAUAUCGGUGAAGGAUCUCGUAUGGUGCGUGAGUUGUUCGUUAUGGCUCGGGAACAUGCACCCUCCAUCAUCUUCAUGGACGAAAUAGACUCGAUUGGAUCGAGCCGAGUGGAGGGUUCAUCUGGUGGAGACUCCGAGGUUCAAAGAACCAUGUUGGAGCUUUUGAACCAAUUGGAUGGUUUUGAGAGCUCGAAGGAUAUCAAGAUCAUCAUGGCCACCAAUAGAUUGGAUAUUCUUGACCCGGCAUUACUUCGUCCUGGAAGAAUCGACCGUAAGAUCGAAUUCCCCGCGCCCACUGUGAGCGCCAGAACUGAUAUCCUCAAGAUCCACUCGAGGUCUAUGAACUUGACCAGAGGCAUUAAUUUGAGAAAAAUCGCAGAAAAGAUGAACGGCUGCUCCGGUGCCGAUGUCAAAGGUGUGUGCACGGAAGCAGGAAUGUACGCCUUGAGAGAAAGAAGAAUCCACGUUACCCAAGAAGACUUUGAGUUGGCAGUGGCCAAGGUGAUGUCCAAGAACGACGAAGGUGCAGUGUCGCUUGCCAAAUUAUUCAAGUAG